AGCCACCUGACCACCCAACCCCCCCUCCUCCUCCCAAGCCAGCCAAGGUUGAGCCAACCCAACCCACCAGGCCACAUAGUUUGGAAGCGUGGCUUUUUCUUCCCCGCCGCCGACCACCACAGCUUCAGAACUUUUGGCCACGUUGGCCAGGAAACCCCGAGAGAGCUUCUGUUGAGGAAAGGAACUUUUCCAAGCCACCUACGCUACGCCCAGGCAGCCCCCUCUGGAGUGCAAUGGAAGAGGCAGUCCCUAGAUAGAAGCAACGUGGCGGAAGCCUCACCAGCUGAACAUGGAAGGGGCUCUGAUCGCCCGGGACCGAGUUGGGGUUCAGGACUUCGUCCUCCUGGACUCCCACACGAGCGAAUCGGCUUUCCUGGACAACCUCCGGAAGCGAUACCGGGAGAACCUGAUCUAUACCUACAUCGGGACUCUCCUGGUGUCCGUGAACCCCUACAAGGAGCUGGGCAUCUACACGGCCAAGCAGAUGGAGCAAUAUAAGGGCGUCAACUUCUUCGAGCUGCCUCCCCACCUUUACGCCAUAGCCGACAACGCCUACCGCGUCAUGUGCACGGAGUACAACAACCACUUCAUCCUGAUCUCCGGGGAGAGCGGAGCCGGGAAGACGGAAGCCUCCAAGAAGAUCCUCCAGUUCUUCGCCAUGACUUGCCCCACCACCGAGCAACUGCAGAUCGUCCGAGACCGCUUGCUCCUGUCCAACCCUGUGCUGGAGGCCUUCGGCAACGCGAAAACUUUGCGGAACGACAAUUCAAGCAGGUUUGGAAAGUACAUGGACAUCCAGUUUGACUUUAAGGGAGCUCCUGUCGGCGGACACAUCCUCAGCUACCUGAUCGAGAAGUCCCGCGUAGUCCACCAAAAUCUCGGGGAACGCAACUUCCACAUCUUCUACCAGCUCCUGGAAGGCGGCGAGGAGGAGUUGCUUCAGAAGCUUGGCCUGGAACGCAGCCCUCCGAAGUACAUGUACCUGAUCCAGGGGCGCUGUGCCAGAGUGUCUUCCAUGAACGACCGGAGCGGCUGGAGGACGGUCCAGAAGGCGUUUGCGGUCAUCGACGUCCGAUCGAGAGAUGCCGAGAACCUCUUUGGAAUCAUCGCAAGCGUCUUGCACCUGGGGAACAUCCAGUUUGAAGAGGACAGCAAUGGCCACGCCAUCAUCAUCACUGGGAUGCAGAUCAAGUGGAUCUCCAAGCUUUUGGGGGUCCACCUCUCCAUUCUGCAGGAAGCUCUCACCCACCGGAAAAUCGAGGCUCGCUUUGAAGAGGUUUUAAGCCCACUAGAUGUCGACUUGGCAUUUUAUGCCCGAGACGCCGUGGCGAAGGCUAUCUACGGGCGGACGUUUACCUGGCUGGUCAACAAAAUCAACAGCUCCUUAGCUAACAAGGAUUUUACCAAAAAAACAGUGAUUGGCUUACUUGACAUUUAUGGCUUUGAGGUCUUCGAGACAAACAGUUUUGAGCAGUUCUGCAUCAACUACUGCAACGAGAAGCUGCAGCAGCUGCUGAUCGAGAUGACCCUGAAGGCAGAGCAAGAGGAAUAUGAGCAGGAGGGCAUUGAGUGGGAGCCAGUCCCUUAUUUCAACAACAAGAUCAUUUGCGAUCUGGUGGAAGAGAAACACAAGGGAAUCAUUUCCAUCCUGGAUGAAGAGUGUUUGCGACCGGGCGAGGCGACCGACUUGAGUUUCCUGGAAAAGUUGGAGGAGAAAGUAGGAAACCAUGCGCACUUCCUGACUCGAAAGCUUGCAGAUCAGAAGACUCGCAAGUCCAUUGACUGGAUGGAUUUUCGGCUCCUGCACUACGCCGGCGAGGUCACGUACUGCACCGUAGGAUUUCUGGAGAAAAAUAACGACCUACUCUAUCGGAACCUUAAAGAGGUGCUGUGCAAGUCCAAAAACGGCAUCCUCAGGGAAUGCUUCCAACUGUCAGAGCUGGACAACCGGAGAAGGCCUGAAACCGUGGCGACACAAUUCAAAAGCAGCCUGGCGAGUCUCAUCGAGAUCCUGAUGUCGAAGGAGCCGUCCUACAUCAGGUGCAUUAAACCCAACGAUGACAAAGCGCCCGACAGGUUUGACGAUUCCCUCAUAAGGCACCAGGUGAAAUACCUGGGGCUCAUGGAGCACCUGCGCGUGAGGCGCGCCGGCUUCGCUUACCGUCGGAAGUACGAGCACUUUCUCAAGAGGUACAAGUCCUUGUGUCCGGAGACCUGGCCCCACUGGCGAGGCACAGCGGCCAAGGGCGUGCAGCUGCUGAUCAAGCACAUUGGCUACCAGCCUGAAGAGUAUAAAAUGGGGAAAACCAAGUUAUUCAUUCGUUUCCCGAGGACGCUGUUUGCUACAGAAGAUGCCUUUGAAUACAGAAAACAUCGGCUUGUUGCCAGAAUCCAAGCCAAAUACAAGGGAUGCUUAGGGAAGCGAGAGUUCCAGAAGAUGAGACAGGCAGCCAUCAAACUUGAGUCCUGCUGGCGGGGGGUCCUUGCACGCAAGCUGGCCAAGAAGAGGAGGUGGGCGGCUCAGACCAUCCAGAAGUACAUCAAGGGCUUCAUCCACCGGAAGCAACCUCUGAACCCUGAGAACAAGGACUAUGUGAGGCUCGUGCAGUACACCUACCUCCUAAAACUCAGAGACCACCUUCCCAAGAAUGUCCUUGAUAAAAACUGGCUCCAGCCUCCGGAGAUACUGGAACAGACCUCUGUGCUCUUGAAGGCAAUCUGCAUGAAGAAUCUAGUCCGGAAAUAUUGCCGAAGCAUCACGGCGGAGAAGAAAGCACAGAUGGAGCAAAAAGUGUUGGCCAGCACGCUCUUCCGAGGGAAGAAGGCCGGCUACCCAGAGAGCGUGAAGGAGCCCUUCGCUGACACCAGGCUCAGUGAGAGCGAGUUGAGCCCAAAACUUAUGCAGAUGAUCCGCCACGAAAGAGUCAAGUAUGUCACCCCGGUGGUGAAGUACGACCGGAACGGCUUCAAACCCAGGGAGAGGCUCCUGGUUCUGACCCGCGUGGCCGCUUACGUGGUGGAGGUAGCCAAGAUCAAGCAGAAGAUGGAGUAUGCAGCCCUCAAAGGCAUCUCCACCAGCAGCCUGAGUGAUGGGAUUGUGGUCAUCCAUGUUGGAGAAGACAAUAAGCAAGAGAAGGGAGACGCCAUUCUACAGUGUGAGCACGUGUUUGAGACCGUCACGAAACUCUGCCUGUUUGCCAACAAGCAGGACUCCGUGGCCGUCGUGGAAGGGAGCCUCCAGUUCCAGAUUAGUCCAGGGAAGGAAGGAACUCUGGUUUUCACCACCGGCCAAGAGCCUCAGGUCUACAAAGCCAAAAACGGAGAACUGACGGUGGUGUCCCCUAGGAUAAAGGCCUGAUGGGAACAUGGGUGCAAGCUUCGCCUGCGGUCGCCUCUCCUUGGACACGAAACGCUUCCCUCCGGCAGCCCGGAGGAAUAAAGUUGCCCUUGGCGAUUGUCCAGAGAUUUGACCCGUACAAAGGGACAUCUUGUCGCUGUCGGGACUCCUCCUGCAGUUGAAGUCUAUCUGCAUUUUAAGUCUUCCCAUAAAAAGAGGGAGAAAAAGCAAUGCUGGCAGAGAAAAACGUUUUACCUGUGAAUAAGAGGAAUCCCAUGGCUGCCUGUGUAAACACCCCAGUAAGUGUAUUUUUGGGACACGUCGCUUUUAGUCCGAGAGGGGAACAACCGAAGUCUCCUGAACAGCCACGGGCCUCUCUUUUUAACAGAGAAAAAAAGGAAUCAGGGUGGAAGAGAUGGGGAUUUGCCUCCAGGACUGAGCAAACGAGGGCAGAAAGCGUUCCGUGUUCCGCUUCAUACCGAUGGGGAGAAAUCCCCUUUUCUCAAACCACCUGGACAGGAUCCCAGGCAGGACGCGAACGCUCCCUGUGGCUAUGACGGCACUGUUCGAGGGUCCCCAUUCUGUGGGUCAGCUGGCGUGCGCCUGGGGCAGAACCUUUUUCUGCUCUUGGCAGUGCGCUUCCACUUUCCUCUCUGUGUAUGGGGCCAUGGGACGGAUUGGGUGGAUGAAACAUUAAAGGUGACGAGAAUGCCGGC